UAGCAACCAGAGCAGUGACAGUAGCAACCGCCGGGAUGGCUAAAGCAACAACCAUCAAAGAAGCCUUAGCCCGCUGGGAAGAGAAAACUGGGCAGAGGCCAGCUGAAGCUAAAGAGAUAAAGCUUUAUGCCCAGAUUCCCCCAAUAGAGAAGAUGGACGCAUCCUUGUCUAUGCUUGGUAACUGCGAGAAGCUUUCACUGUCUACAAACUGCAUUGAAAAAAUUGCCAACCUGAAUGGCUUAAAAAACUUGAGAAUAUUGUCUUUAGGAAGAAACAACAUAAAGAAUUUGAAUGGACUGGAAGCAGUAGGGGACACAUUAGAAGAACUGUGGAUCUCUUACAAUUUUAUUGAAAAGUUGAAAGGUAUCCAUGUAAUGAAGAAAUUGAAGAUUCUCUACAUGUCUAAUAACUUGGUGAAAGACUGGGCUGAAUUUAUGAAGCUGGCUGAUCUGCCAUGUCUGGAGGACCUGGUGUUUGUAGGCAAUCCGUUGGAAGAGAAGCAUUCUGCUGAGGGCAACUGGAUUGAAGAAGCAACCAAGAGGGUUUCCAAACUCAAAAAGCUGGAUGGUACUCCAGUAAUCAAAGAGGAUGAGGAAGAAGAAGGUUAAGGCCAUAUUUUCCACUUUGUGUUAAUUUAUUUAAAUGUCAUGAGAACAAUAGAUAAGUUUUGUAUAAUUGUCUAUUUUAAAGAUUCUGUGUGGGACAAAAAGUUCUGAAGAUAAAACAAAUCUCUCCUUCCAGCUUCCUUUAAUCCUAGUUAGUGUUUCUUCCCUAAGCAAGUAACACCAACCUU